AUGGGCAAAGGCACGGACAAGUUAUACAUCACGCACAGCGAAUGGUCGUCCUCUGAUGCUUAUUCCGCCAGCGUCGGCGCCGGGGCUGGAUCGCGCGCUCAGAGGGCCGGAGCAAACUUCCGGCGCCUUCCAUUCAACUUCUGCGCCGCAAGCCUCCAGCCGUUCAAGAACCCCGUCUGCACCCCCGAGGGCACAAUAUUCGACGUCGAGGUCAUCGGAUCAUGGCUCGACAAGAACGAUACAAACCCCGUCAACGGACAGCCGCUCAACCCCAAAAACCUGAUCAAGCUCAACUUUGCACGCAACGCUGAUGCCGAGGUCGAUUCCAACGCAGGCCCGACGGAUGGCAAGGGGGACAUGAUUGAUCCCGUGACCUUCAAGGUCUUUACCGACAACACACACAUCGUCGCAAUACGGCAUGGCACAUACGCAAAUGUCUUCGCUUGGGAGACGGUCGAGCAGAUGAACAUCAAACAGAAGAACUGGCACGACCUUGUUGAUGACAAGGAGUUCGGCCGGAAGGAUAUCAUCACCCUCCAGGAUCCUCAAAACGCGGCUUCCAGGAACCUGAGCGAGUUCCAGUAUCUCAAGGAUGGCGGAGAGGCGUUAUUGACACCCGAGCAACUGGAGGAGAGGAAGCAGGGUACUGUGAACGUCGAUGCUCUCGGGCGGAUCGGUGACAAGGUUUUGCGAGCAAAGGAGGCGGUGGAGAAGGCACGACGAGAGAGGGAGACUGGUGGGGACAUCAACCGCUCCUCCAAGGCCUUGCAGAAGACAUCCUCAGCCACGGCGUUCAAGAAGCCAGCCAUUCAGGAGCGGAAGCUGGCUCACAAUGCCGCCGCAUAUACGACUGGCAGAGCAGCCGCGAGUUUCACAAGUACCGGUCUCACGCCGGAAACAAGCGGCGAGAGGGCCAUACUCUCCGACGAGGAUUGGAUGUUGAAGCCAAAGAAGAUCAAAUUCAAGGGUUAUGCCAGACUGGAGACCAACAUCGGGGAGGUUGUCAUUGAGCUGCAGACCGAGACUGCCCCUAAGGCCGUCUGGAACUUUGUCAAGCUUGCACAGAAGGGAUACUACCGCGGGGUACGUUUCCACCGCAACAUCAAGAACUUCAUGAUCCAGGGCGGCGAUCCAACUGGCACUGGGAAGGGUGGGCAAAGCAUAUGGGGGAAGAAUUUUCAGGACGAAUUCGACGGUCCCCUGACCCACAGCGAGCGUGGAAUGGUCAGCAUGGCAAACAAGGGCAAGAACACAAACUCCAGCCAAUUCUUCAUCACGUACAAGCCCGCCAAGCACCUCGAUCGGAAACACACCAUUUUUGGCAAGGUCGUGGAUGGCUUGAGCACGCUGGACAAGAUGGAGGCUGUGCCUGUUGACGAGGGCAGCCGGCCGCUGAGAGAAAUAAUUAUCAAAGACAUCGUCGUAUUCUUGGACCCAUUUGAGGAGUUCUUGAAGGAGAAGGAUCAGACGGAGAAGGCCGAAGCCGCCAAGGCCGAGCUCAAGCGCCAAGGUGGUACUGACGAUGAUAAGACCACAUGGACUGGGAAACGCAUCCGUGGAGACGGUACCGUCGAACUGGCUGGCAGUGGCGUUGGGAAAUAUCUCAAGUCGUCCCCCGCAGACCAGUCCGAAGCCCCAACUGUUGCAGACGACAUGAAUGUCGAGGCAUGGGAACCGUCCAAAAAGAAGGUAAAGACGGGUGGCUUUGGUAACUUUGACAAUUGGUAA